AUGAACGGGUCAAGGAGAUCGGGGAACUGCAUUAGGUGCUGCCUCGUCGUUCUCGCGGUUGUGUCGGCGCUGUGCGUCUCCGGGCCUGCUUUCUAUUGGAGGUUGAAGAGGGGCUUCAAUGGCGGCAACGCUCCCUCCUGCCCCCUCUGCGCCUGCGACUGCCCUCCGCCGCUGUCGCUCCAGAAGGUCGCCCCAGGUCAUAUCCCCGUCCCUCUGUCUCCUCCUUCCCCUCCCCCUGUUGCUGCCGCUUCUCUCUCUUGAUUCUGAGCGCAUUCCAUGUCAGAAAUCUCGGUUUUCCUCGUUGAGUUCCAAUGGUUUCCUCACAUCAAUCGAUUGUUGAAUCCGACGAAGAAUGUUCUCCAAUCUGUUCACCUCAAUGCCUGCGAAUCGCCAUGUAGAACGGAGACAAUGGCUCUUGGGUUUUUUUUUUCUCUCUACAUAAAACUGUAAUUCACGAGGCUUUUCCUCAGAAAAGGCGGCAGGGAACCAUUAGGUGCCUUUGUAGUAGUCUCAUAUGAAUGAACCGACAUGGAUUCAUGCUGAUUGGCCAAAGGUCAACGCCCACAUUAUUUAUCGGUUUGAUGCCUUUAAUCCACUGUGGUUCUGGUCAAGCUCUAGCAGAUUUGGUGGGUGAUCAAAGGCUUGCUGAGCAUGUCAUAUAAUAUGAUUUGAUAUCUCGGCUCUUAUCCAUUAUAGAGCGUUGGAUGACCUUAAGCUUUGCCCCAGGGGGUUGACCUUCCGGAGAAGAAUUUAUUGUCGGCCCCCCCGCAUUGACUCUCACUUGCUCGAGAUGGCGUUUUAAUUGUCCGUCCCCCAUUAGAAUGAGACGAGCUCUGGUCCUUGAUUUCUCUUUUCUAGGCCCCCCCCUCCAGCACGAGCACACCUCCACUACCAUGGUUUUGACCGCCGUUCUCGAGGUUGACUUUUUAUGGUGUUCCUAAGAUCUUCUGUUAGAUGAUACCAAAGAAGUAUUGAUUCUAACGCUGGAGCUACGUUGACAUUUCUCUCCUGUCCAAUCUCAUGAAUCCCUUGCUCACAAUCUUCUCUCACUCGCUUGCCUUCCACAGGUCUCCUGAACCUCUCCGUGCCAGGUCAACCCUUGUUUCCCCAACAUUUUCAUUUCUACAAAGCCCGCUGCGUCUCUUGACCUAACCCAGCCGUUGACUUCCCUUCUAUGAUGAUGCACUACGAUUUUGCGUUGUGGCGGCCGUUGACCCGACAGACUGCGGCAAGAACGACCCUGAGCUGAGCAAGGAAAUGGAGAAGCAGUUCGUUGACAUUCUGGCGGAGGAGCUGAAGCUCCAGGAGGUCGUCGCCCAGUCCCGCAGCCGCCACAUGAACUACACCAUUCUGGAGGCGAGGAGGUUGGCGGCGCAGUACCAGAAGGAGGCAGAGAAGUGUAACGCCGCCACAGAGACCUGCGAGGAGGCCAGAGAACGGGCCGAGGCCUCACUCACGAGGGAGAAGGUGAUCACAUCCCUCUGGGAGCGCCGAGCCCGCCUUCUGGGUUGGCAAGGGCGUUGA